GGCAGCGGUGGCGACAUGAGCAGCGGGGCGGCGUCCGGGACGGGGCGGGGGCGGCCCCGGGGCGGGGGGCCGGGGCCCGGGGACCCCCUCCCCAGCGAGACACACAAGCUGGUGGUCGUAGGCGGCGGCGGCGUGGGCAAGAGUGCGCUGACCAUCCAGUUCAUCCAGUCCUACUUCGUGUCUGACUACGACCCCACCAUUGAAGACUCCUACACGAAGAUCUGCACCGUGGAUGGCGUCCCGGCCCGGCUGGACAUCCUGGACACUGCAGGCCAGGAGGAGUUUGGUGCCAUGCGGGAGCAGUACAUGCGUGCAGGCCAUGGCUUCCUGCUGGUAUUUGCUAUUAACGACCGGCAGAGUUUCAACGAGGUGGGCAAGCUCUUCACGCAGAUCCUCCGAGUCAAGGACCGUGACGACUUCCCCAUCGUGUUGGUCGGCAACAAGGCAGAUCUGGAGACACAGCGCCAGGUCCCCCGAUCCGAAGCCUCUGCCUUUGGGGCCUCCCACCACGUAGCCUAUUUCGAGGCCUCAGCUAAACUGCGCCUCAAUGUAGAUGAGGCCUUUGAGCAGCUGGUGCGGGCUGUCCGGAAAUACCAGGAACAAGAACUCCCGCCCAGCCCACCCAGCGCCCCCAGGAAGAAAGAUGGGGGCUGCCCCUGCGUCCUCCUGUAGCCAGGCCUGAGGGGAACCACCAGCAGCACGAGCUCUUGGGACCAGCUGCACUCACCGAGCCUAUUUCCCCAUCUGGGUCUCCCAGGAUACACUACAUCCUCACCGUGAAUCCCUGGCCCCCUUGGGGGCCACUGCCACUGUGUGCCUUCUGCCAACGCCUCCUUUCCCCACCCAAGCCUUUCUGGUUGGGGCGAGGGGCUCCCGGGCAUCGGGGUCACUGCUGUAUAUAACUCCCCACCCCUGAGAAAUAAACAUCACUGCCAAUGCCA